CGUUUGGUGUUUCGCUCGAUAUAGGACUGCGUACUCAUCAGACAGGACCCUGAAUUGGUUCAAGUUUAGCAAAAAGUACGGCAUCCGUUUUAGCAAUCUUUUUAGAACUGCCCUCGGUGUUACAACGGUACACGUGCGUGCGUGGUCGUUCCUUUUAGCCCUGCCUCAGGUUUGCUGUGCUGUCAUCUGUUGGGAAAAUUGCUCAAGUUUUCUGUUUUCUGCUGGACGGCCGCUCUCAUUAUUCAUUGACGGAAUCGGUCAUAGCGGCUUUACCGUAGUACCCGUUGUUGCUGUCGGUGUGCGCAACCAAUCUCGUUGACUCGUUUGCAGCGAAGAAGCGUCUAGAAGUUGAAUGAAAAGACAAACGUUUGGCAACAAUUUUGCGGUUGGGCCUUGGUGUUGGGUGCACACGAGGCGUUAAUUAAUGUAAAACUUGUCAGAAUAGGAAAUAAAAAGGCUUUUCUGUUAACACUCACUCCGCUCGCGUUUAGCUGAAAGACGAAUGCCGAGUGUGCAUGUGCGCGUGUGUGUGUGUGUGAAUGUGUGUGCGUGCGUGAGCGAGAUAGGCAGGGUGGGAUAAAGAAAAUGAACCGGGGCCGGCAGUAUACGGCUAUACAUACAACAACGCGGUCGCAGUGUAAAACGUGCGUAACGUAGAACGGAAAAGAGGAAGCUGGGUGUCCCGGGAAGCUGGUAGCGGUGUGGUGUGAGAAAAAAAGGCGAACGACCAGCUGUAGGAAAAAGGGAGAGCAAUACCGAAGCGGCGAGACAAAGAGGCAACUAAGUACGCUUGCUCGAGCAAUCGAAAAUUGGGGAAAAAAAUAUAUCUCUUCAAUUAUUACCUCGUACAACGGCAAUACAGUAACAGAACCAAAAAAAAGCCUCAGUAAUUGUGCAGAGUGAACUCUUCUGUUCCUUGGUUGUGGCCUGAACUGACUUGGACUGCUGCUGGAAGCCGUGCAAUUCCUCAACCCCUACAUCCCGGACGUCCAAUGUCAGAACCUCAGUCGUCCCUGCUGCUCAAGAAACAACUGGCCGAGCUGAGCAAAAAUCCUGUGGAAGGAUUUUCGGCCGGUUUAAUCGACGACAACGACAUCUUUCGAUGGGAAGUGCUAAUCAUUGGACCACCGGAUACUCUCUACGAGGGCGGCUUCUUCAAGGCACAUCUACACUUCCCUAAGGAGUACCCGCUAAGACCACCGCGCAUGAAGUUCGUCACAGAGAUCUGGCACCCGAACAUCGACCGCAACGGGGACGUUUGCAUCAGCAUCCUGCACGAGCCGGGCGACGACAAGUGGGGGUACGAGAAGGCGUCCGAGCGCUGGCUGCCGGUGCACACGGUCGAAACGAUUCUAAUAUCGGUCAUUUCCAUGCUGGCCGACCCGAACGACGAGUCGCCGGCGAACGUGGACGCGGCAAAGGAAUGGCGAGAGGCGUAUCCCGAAUUUAAGCGAAAGGUAGCCCGGUGUGUUCGAAAGAGUCAGGAAGAUUGUUAGUAGCAUUUAUAAUACCUUCUUUUUUUUUUAAAUUGUCUUAUAUUUAUUAAUUAAUUAUUGUACGAUUACACUGCAACCCUUUUGAAUGAACGAAAGAAAAGAGCAUUGUAAAGGAUCAAGUAUCUCGGCUACCGUCGACCGACCUACCCCCUUACCCGUGGUGUCGCUUACCCCUUUCUAUCGAUCUAUAACCGCGCUCGCCCCCCUUUAUCGUCAUUCUGCUGCUGCUGCUGCUGCUGUCGCUGUGCCCAGUUUCAGUUGCUCCUACUGCACUGAUGGGUUUCGGACACACCAGGUCGACCGGUGUGGUCAGGGAAUAAUGCUAAUGGAAAGAAAGCAGCAUUCCUUGUGACAGGCCCCUGUGCGUGCUUGUGGGAAGAAGACGGCACACUAAAAGAAGGAAAAACAGGAAGGAUCACUUUUUUUAAAAGGCAACCUCCACUUAGGAUUCUAUCACUCUCUCGUACUAUCGACUCUGUGAUCGUUCCCCGCCGCUAUACGCUUUGGUUUGCUCGUAAAACGUACUGUCUUCGAAUCAAGCGCGUUUAAAUUCGCGAGCCUAUUAAAAAAAUCUCUCAGUUUCCGUAACCCACCCAAACAGGCAUCUUACGGACCGAGAUGUGUGUGUGUGGUUUAAAAGAGGCGACAGCAUAUGGUACUGCGCGAAUGAGAUUAUCCUUUUUGAGGGAAGGACAUUAGAUACUCAGGAACAUUAAAAAAAAAAAACAACCAAACGACGGCAAUUUACAUUACAUUUACGCGUGGAGUAAGCAUACAAAAGAAAGGAGCAAAUCAACCCCCGAGCCCUUAAACCACCUCCCCCUUGCGUGUAAGCGUGGCGAGCGAAGGCGAACCGUGUUGGCGUGAAUAAUAAUAUACUUCCUCUGGUAAUAAUCAACGAACCUAGCGCCACAUUUAUUGAUAUCCCGCUUUCUUUACGAUACUACGGUUUAGCCUUAUUGUAGUCGAUUUAAUUUUCUGUUUAGCUCACUUUCUAGCUGGUGUGUAGCCGUUCUACAGGCAUAGGCUGCAGAAAGCUUCUGUCGCUUCUUUAUUGUAAAUAGCGUACGUUAAGCGUAAACUCUCUGUCCCCCCGCAAGCAACAUUAUAAAAUGUCGGAUUUGUUUCAUUAACCUUAUAAAAACUCACACGUGUGUCCGGCCAAUAUAUAGUUUCCUCUACCUAAUUAGCAAGCAAACCCCUAACUUUAAUACUAGCUGAUGUGAGCGUUUGUGAGAGUGAGCGAUCCAGGCCAGAAACAUUGCAUUGACUGAAAAAAAAAACACGCGGCCGGGUGCAAUAGGCUCGGAUAAAAAGCAAGCACUGCGGUCGACUCGUUUUAGGACCGGGAAGUGUUAAUGGGGGAAGAGUAUCUUAUUAAAACAGGCAGGGGUGGCAUAUGUCCCAUUUACCAACAAUGUAGGCUUCACAAUAAUCACGAUUGGUACUAGAAUUGGGAAACGCAGCGAAACGCCGUGGGAAAACAAGCGGGACGGUAGUAAUUAUGAUUGUGACUCUUAGCAAAAAGGCAGCUUAGUUAGGAAUAAGAAAGGAACAAGAGAUACGCGAGAGAGAGUGUAUUGCUGUUGAAGCAAUCAACAGCGCGCACGAUUGACACGAAGGACACAUGGUUACAGACGAGUGGGCUGGAGGAAGAUGCAAGCGCCGUUUGUCGAGCAAAAUCACCACCCGUAAGCAUAUAGUAAGUAAUAGUAUAAAAAAACGGUAGCAAAACAAAGCAAAGGAAACAAAACGGAAGCAAACGGAAACGCGGGAAGAGAAGCAGCAUAUAAGCCGGGUCGGGAUCUCGGAACCCCUUCCGGAAAACAAAAAUUGAUGGAAUCACGCUACGAAGCUAAACGUGUGUCUUAGUUAGUUAGUUUCCUGUUCCGCGGUUUGGAAACUCGGUUCUGCAUUUCCUUUACACAACAUUCUUGCGUUUCAACACACACCACCACACAUCUUUUUCCGUGACUUUUGUAUCUCCUUCCCCCCUUACCCGACUAGUAAGUAUCUCUGGCGUGGAAGGAAACAUAGGGGGGGCGUACGUACAAGUGAGACAAUUGUGAAACAAUUCAAUACAAAAAUAAAGCAAACGAGCCAACAUCGGAAUGAUACGCGGUUUAAGAGCCA